CUCCGUCCUUCCGCCCCGCGUACACCCUCGUGAGGCACGAAAGAGUCGUCACGCAAAGCCAUUCCCUUCGAUUUCCACGGGGGGCAAGGCAACCCCAUGCGCAUUCGAUGCGAGCUGCCUGCGCGGAUGUCGCCCUGUCAGGUUGAGUUGAGUUGAGAGCAAAAGCAGGCAUUCAUUUCAAUGCCCUGCCCUGCACAGCUCGUGCUCAUAUACUGUACACCGCACUCCGCGGUCUCCGAGACCGAGUCCAGCGAGGAAAGACAGUGAAACGCGGAACGACGGGAACACCGCCUCCAGCGUCGUCUUUCGUCUUGCCCCCUCUCGCACCCAUGUCCAACAUUCGAAGCACAGAGAGUUGCGUCGUACAGAACAGUAGAUGCUUCCCUGCACCAUCCUUCAGCGAACGGCCUUCCCCAUUUCGGUGCAUACUAAGUCGUAUACUAGUUCAAAGUUCGGUUCUCCGAGCCCUCGUUGACACGACAUUCGCUGCUCCCUCCUCGGAACGUAACCGUUGUGUGGACGAGUCGACGAGUUAUCCUCCCCGUUGUGUGGACGAGUCGACGAGUCAUCCUCCCCCGUUGUGUGGAAGAGUCGACGAGUUCCCUCCCGACGCCCUUGAUUCCUUCAAUCGCCGUCACCCAAUCGCCGUCAUCAGAUCGCCGUCACCCGCUUCGAGUGGAAAUGGACGGAAACCGUUCCGUCAUCGUCGUCCUGCCCGACGGCUCGCUCCGUCUAUUCGUCCCGGACGUGACGUCCAACUUCGAGUCGGGCCCCGCCGCCGGCAAAUCCGCCGGCAUUUCCGCUGGCCGCGUCCUUGCAGACUUUCCCCGCCACGUCCUCGUCACCGCCCCUCCGCAUUCCGCGGCGUCAGGUCCGAAGGAUUCUCCCUUUGUGGACUCCACGAGGUAUCCUUCGUCAGAUUCCAUCCUUCCUCCCGAUUCGAUCCUUCUCCCCGCGGAGACGUACUACAUAAUCAGCGCUGACUCCUUCGAGGCGCCUCAAAGCCACCAUCGUGACAGCGACGUCGUUUCGUUGCGAACGACUGAACGGCGGCGCGCUGCGAACAGCAGCGCGGGAUCAAUGUCAUCCAAUGAUUCGUCCCCAUUCCCCGACGAUGUCAGCUCGGCGUUCCGCGCCGAGCUGAGCUGGCGCCUCAACGAAGAUGUUACCAAGUCAACCCAGCUCAACGAGUUAAAAGCGUGGUUGGGUGGAUCGACUGGAGCGCGCGUACUACCGUCAUUCCUCGACGCGUCACGCGGCGAAUCGGCCCGCGAAAACGAACCUUUCGCCGCCAGCGGUGGUGGUAACUUGCGAGCCGCUGACCUGGUCGCAGCUUGGCUAGACUGCGACUCCGGAACAGAACCGAACACGUGCCGCCUUGGCGCGAAUGAUUCUGAGCCGUCCCGAGAUCCGGCGGACACGUGUCCUGAGGCGAGCUUUCAGCGGCGGUUUCGAAAAACAGGCGGGUGUUUUGCAUCUCCAAUUGCGAGCACGGAUCAAGUCUCGCCACUGCCGCUGCCACCUCCGCCGCUUGCCGCGUCGACUCGAAUCAUGGAAAUGCCGCCGCCGCCUCAACCGACGGCCAUCCAGCGCCGGCAUACCAUCAGUGCUGCCGAUGAUAUGAUCCGACGGCCAUCCAGCUCCAUGGCUGGUUCUUACGGGGAGUACUAUGGCGGAACAGACUCGCAGCCUAACCUUGCGCCCCCAAACCAUCGUGCGAGUAUUCUUAACGCGUACGGGUUGACGAGUCGUAGUGAACGCUACAGCCAGUGCCAGUGGGUUGAUUGUAGCGGCGGUGCUGGCAACUGUGGCAGUAGCACUGGCAUGAAGCUGGGACGAGACGGCAGCAGCAGCGGCUACAGCCAGUGGGGCGACUGUUGCAGCAGCAGCAGCAACAGCACCAGCGGCAGAAGCCAAGGACGCCUCAGCGGCAGCAGCUACGGCAGCUACAUCAGCAGCGCUGGAGAGCAGGAUUGGACCUCUGAGACCGGCUGUAGCAGCAGCCGCUACAGCCUUCGAGUGGACGAGGAUACGGUCUGGCCCCAGCCGGCCUGCUACUCUCUCCCGCUGCUACAGUCGCGCUCGGCUGUAGCGACUGCUGCUACAGACGUGGGGGAGUCCACGUGGCAAGAGGACAACGCAUUGAGUGACGAGAUGGCGGCUCUCUGCUUCUCGUCCAACCCCAGCAGAGCCCCCCCAUGCCCGCGUGGCUCCACAGCAUCUACACCACCUUGCACUGUACAAGCAGCCUCGUUUAUUGCACAGCAGUCCCAGCAACGGCAACUCCAGAAGCAGCACUCUGACACUUAUCUCCAGUCUUCUUUUCAUGCCUGGAACGCCACUCCGUGUGCUAAAAGUUGCACUUUUGCCAACAGUCACACUUUCGCCAACAGCCACACUUCUGUCAACAGUCACACUUCUGCCAACAGUCACACUUCUGUCAACAGUCACACUUCUGCCAACAGUCACACUUCUGCCAACAGUCACACUUCUGCCAACAGUCACACUUCUGCCAACAGUCACACUUCUGCCAACAGUCACACUUCUGUCAACAGUCAAACUUCUGUCAACAGUUACACUUCUUCACGCAGUCAGACCUUUGCCGAAAGCGGUGCUCGUGGUGACACCGCGUUGCCUUUUUCCGGGCCUGUGUUUCACUUUGAAUUGCAGCCUCGUGUCGCCGUCUCCAGGCCUGUGGUUCUACCACACACAAGCCCACGCUCGUGUUCACACACACUCUCACAUGUCGGUCCUGUUGCAAACAGCAGCGGUCCUGUUUCCCUAGCUGCCAGUGGCGGUGGUGCUGCUGCUUCUGCCACUUCAAACCUUCCCAUGCCUGCUGCUGCUGCUCUUGCUGCUGCGGCUGCAGCUGCCUCGACACAUGUCUCAACAGCCGCCACGUGUGCAGCAGGAAAGCCAGCUGCGAGGCCUGCGAGGGUGAGGACAACCCUGUCUGGGGCUGGCAAGCGGAGCCUGUGGUUUUUGGGUGGUCGCUCGCUCUCUGGCGCUGCUGGCGCUGCUGCUGAAACCUUCUGAGUGCUGAUGGGUUGGAAACAAUGUUGCUGUACAGUUUGAUCAUGCCAUAUUGUUACAGGGUAUGUUGUCCUUGUGCUGUACAGUUUCCGCAUACAAAUGC